AAUACGAUUGUCUGGUAUCGGCUUUAAUCGAUUACUUACUGCUUAAGUGAGGUUUUUUAAACAGCAGUAAGUUUGAAUUCAAGAUGUUCCACCGGCAAUAUUUCCUUUUCGUUGCCUCUAUCGCUGCAGUUUUUCUCGUAAAUACAUGCUAUUCAGCAUCUUAUAUUGCGAAACAUCUUGAAAAUGAUUCGAAAAAAAUAGACGAAAAAAAUACUGUACUAGACAAACUACACUUGGGCUGCUUUAAGGACAAAGCAGAUGAUAAAGACCUCCCUCAACACAUCUGGGCUUCUGAUACGAACACAAUAAAAAGUUGUAUUGAUGGAUGUCGACAACAAGGCUUUAGAUUUGCUGGUGUGCAGAAUGCGAGAGAUUGCUUUUGUGGAAAUAACCUUCAUAGAAAGCAUUCAACUGCCGAUAAUUGUAAUAAACAUUGUCCUGGAAAUGGAGGACAAAUUUGCGGUGGAGAAAAUGCUAAUAACGUUUAUAAUGUUCCCAAAGAUCCUAGAUAUAAUGGAUGUUAUCAGAGUGCUUUUAAUACAAUCCUAUGGGAUAAGAGAAAUCCACAAGCAGCACGACAUUGUAUUGAAGCUUGCGCUAAAAACAACAAAAUGUAUGCUUCCGUUAGAGAAGGAGAUUGUAAAUGUUCCGAUGAAUUUCCAGCAACAUCUGUACAAGAGAGCGAAUGUUCCGUUUCUUGUCCAAGAUAUUUUAUGGAAAAUUGCGGUGGAAAAAAUGCCGACGCAAUUUACGAAACAGAACUUGCUCAAAGAUUAGUUGCGCCUUAUAAGAGGGAUAUGGUAAAAUUAUAUGAUCCAACUGGGUCAGUUAGAGCAAUUCAAACUAGCCUAUUCAGUCAAUACCCAAAAUUGCGUUCUAUCAUUACAAAGACUCUUGUUAUACACUCCGAAACAACUCCAAAGAUCCCGUUAAAAGAUCCGAUCUGCAGUGAUGACUGCUACAAGCCAUGCGGGAGAAUAUAUCAUCCAGAAGGAUUGAAGGACAAUGAUGAUGAAGUUAUUCUGAGAUUCUUUUUCUUUAACUUAAAGAAUCUACCCACAUACGUUGGACCAAAUGCUAAAAAAGUUUAUAUUUAUGCUCAAACCAUCCUCCUUGAAGAAAGCCUCACGUUAACUUACUCCCUUCAUAUUAAAACUCGCCAAUUGUUUAUCAACUAUGGAAAAGCGCAAUUUAUUAAUAUUGCUAACGAAGCUACAAUGUUCGACUUUGAUAUGAACACUUACAAGUUGCAUGGACCUAACCAGGAUAUGCUUCACGCAAGGCAAAGUUGGAUGUGCUCUAGCAUAUUACUAGAAGAGAAUCCAAACUCUCAAUAUGCAUUCGCUAUAAUGGACUAUAUUGGUAAUGCAUUUUCCGAUAUAGAAGAAGCUAAAGAUUUAUUUGGAAGUCUUGACGCCAAGAGAUCCCAAAUUACAACAAUAGUGAGAAAGAACAUCAGACCAGUUCCAUUCUAUUCAAAGCAAUUUUUCCUUCAUCUUCUUGAUAAUUACUACAACAAAAUAAGUAUUUAUGACAGCCACUUUAAUGCUAUUCUGGUCGAUACAAUAAAUGCACAAGAUUUCAGAGAAAAGGUUAGGGAAAUGAUUGAUAUACAUUCAAAUGCUAAUAUUGAAGAUGCUUCGUUGGCUUUAUCAGCUUCACUUGGCGCGAUUGAAAGGUCCAACGCAACUUAUUGGAGGUUGAAAAAACAUUACGAAGAAGCUAGAGCUAAUGCAUUAUACUUUGGAGAAGCAUUUAAUAAUAAUACUGUGAACGCAACAAACGGACAGAUUGAAACAGCUUUAGAUAAAUUUGUUAAAGCUAUAGAAACAGUUCUUGAAGGUAUUGAAGACUUUGACCACGACGAUCUUGAAGAGAGUAUUAACUUCUUAGUAGACGGUUUUAUUGGACUUGCUGAAACCCUUAAAAAUUUGGCAGAUACUGUAAGGACAGUUAUGCAUUUUUUCCAAGUGUCUGAAGAUUUGAUGAAAGACCUUGAAGAGGCCAAUAAUGCUACAACUCUUAAAUCAUACGCUGAUAUACUAGAAAGAUCAUCUCGAUUACAGAUUUCAGUAAUCCGAUGGAAUUUACUUAAAAAUUCUGCUGUUACUCUUCUGUCCCACGAAGCAGUUAACUUAAUUCCAGGUAGCCAAGAAUAUCGCGAUUCUUUGAUUAUUGUAUGCAAUUGGGGAGAGGCGCUUACUAGAGCUAUGGUAGAAAAAGCUGAAUUGAUGAGAGAUGCGUUAGAAAAAAGGUUUACGCUACAGAAUAAACAAUUGGAAAAUAAAAGAUACAAAGAAUUAUUUAAGCUUCUCGAACAAAAUUUCGGAAAUAAAGAUAAAGUUCUAAAGGCUAUGGCUGAACAAACCUACGAAGUUAGACUCGACUUGAAUGCUAUACUUAUACAAUUUUGCCGUGCUUACUUUUACGAAAAUCUUCAAGUUUGUAAGGAUAGCUCCAGACCAAAUUUUGGAGAAUCACUUUCUCAACUUUUAUUAAGAAUCAACGCGGCUAGACGAGAUGGUCUUUUGCUUCCCGAUUCUCCGUCAACCAUUAACAGAAUCGUGAAACUAACCGAUAAGCCUGGCCAAUGCUCAGAAGCACAAGAUUGUCCAUUGAAAUUCUUGAAAAGAGAGAGAGCAAUUCUAUAUACAAUAAACACUAAUAGACCGGAAUUGAAUGAUCUUCACAAGUUCAGAGUGUCCGAAUUGGAGAUAACGUUACCAGGAGCAAAGUCUACUGGAGAGAAUAAUAUUCUAAAGAUUUUAAUUCAAUGUUCCGGAUUGUACCAAGGCAAGAAUAGAGGACAGCUUUAUAAUUUCCUUACGAGACCCUUAUCCCUGACUUACGAAUAUAACUUAGAAAAUGGUUUCGUCUCCAUUAAAGCGGAUGUUUACAAACCAUUCCGCAACAUCAUCAACCACAUAACACCGUACACAACUUGGCAAAUAAGAGUUUCUCCUGAUCGAAGCUCCGAUAUAGAUCUUUCAGAAGUGAAAUCUAUAGACAUUAAGUUCAUUGGCUACGCUACGGCCAACCUCCAAUAGAACGAAACCAAAAUUUCAAAUCCUGAUUAAAGAAACAAAUAAAUAAACCUAUUUAAACAUGAAUAAAUUAUGCUGCAACCAACUUAAAAACAUUAUUUGCACUCUUUAAAAUUAUUAAAAUAUAUAUGUAAUAAUAAUAAUCAUCUAUUUUAUAUGUUUACAUAAAAAUUUCCAUAAAAAACAAGCGAUUGAUUAACUAACUUUUCCUUUAUUAAUAAUUUCAUUAUCAUAAAUAUAG